GGUGAAUUUAUGAAUGACGUCGAGAGUGAACGAAAGAAAGGUGUGGCCUGAUUAAAGAUCCAGAGAGUGCGAGAGACCAGUAAUCCUCUUCCUCGUGUGCUAGUUUGAAGUGAGCUGUCAUCUUUUUUUGCUGGCUUAGUGGUGCUCAGAUAUCUUUCCUGCUCAGUGCAGACAGAAAUGCAUCAUUGCCGGGUAUCAACAUGUGGGAUGGUGCCUUGAGAACAGCUGCUUGAUGGGUCUGGGCUGAAGGAGUGUGGGAGGUCUUUGACAGAGUUUUAGGAUGGCAACUGAAGCUUCUACCCUCCCAAGUCCUGUCGUGCGUCAGAUCGACAAACAGUUCCUGAUUUGUAGCAUCUGUCUGGAUCGCUACAACAAUCCCAAGGUCCUUCCCUGCCUUCACACCUUCUGUGAAAAGUGUCUGCAGAACUACAUUCCCGCCCACAGUCUGACUCUGUCUUGCCCCGUGUGCCGUCAGACCUCCAUCCUGCCAGAGGAGGGUGUGGCGGCACUUCAGAGUAAUUUCUUCAUCACCAACCUGAUGGAAGUGCUAAAGAGGAGCCCAGACACUAACCUCAGUGAGGACUGCUCCGACGCUAUCAACGGAGUGGCCACUGGACAGCCACUCUCCUGUCCCAAUCAUGGAGGAAAUGUAAUGGAGUUCUACUGUCCACCAUGUGAGACAGCCAUGUGUGAGGAGUGUACUUGCGGCGAACAUGCAGAACACGCCACCGUCCCGCUCAAGGAUGUUCUAGAACAGCACAAAGCCUCGCUACAGGAGCAGCUGGACGCUGUCAAAAACAGACUGCCAGAAAUUGACUCUGCGCUGGAGGUUUUGUCUGAUAUUCUACAGCAACUGAGCAAUCAGAAGAGUUCAAUAGAAGAAGUGAUUCAUGCAACUUUUGAGGAGCUUCAGAAGACCCUAAACGUACGCAAAAGUGUUCUGCUGAUGGAGCUGGAGGUCAACUACGGACUCAAACAGAAGGUGUUGCAAGCCCAGCUGGAGUCGUUGCUGCAGGGACAGGAGGGAAUUCGCAGCAGCUGCAGUUUCACAGAGCAGGCUCUUAAUCACGGCUCGGAAGCUGAAGUCCUAUUGGUCAAGAAGCAGAUGAGUGAGCGUCUUGAUGAGCUGGCAAGUCAGGAGCUCCCACUUCGGCCGGAGGAGAACAGCCAGCUGGACUUCUUGGUGGAGACCGACGGUCUUCGCAAAUCCAUCCACAACCUCGGUGCUAUAAUAACCACCAAUGCUGUUGCUGCAGAAACUGUUGCGACCGGUGAAGGCCUGAGGCAUUGUAUCGUGGGGCAGCCUACUUCUGUGACCAUAACAACAAAAGACAGAGACGGCGGACUGUGCCGGACAGGAAAUGCUCUGCUAAUAGCUGAUCUUUCUGCCUCUGAUGGCACCGUAGUGGGGGAAGGUGAAGUCACAGAUCAUAAAAAUGGCACUUAUGAGUUUGUAUACACGGUCCCGUGUGAGGGCCGCUUCACCCUCUCACUAAAGCUCUAUGAUCAGCAUAUUAGGGGCAGCCCAUUCAGCAUACGUGCCAACAAAUUGACAGACCUCUCCCUGACUGCAGACGGAGGCAAAAAACAUCUCAAAUCUCCAGGAAGUAGCCAUGUGAAACAGCGUGCUAUCAAGCGCCCCGCCAGCAUGUACAGCACGGGCAAACGGAAAGAAAACCCAAUUGAAGAUGACCUCAUGUUUCGAAUCGGAACUAAAGGCAGAAAUAAGGGUGAAUUCACCAAUCUGCAGGGAGUUGCUGCUUCUUCUAUUGGGAAGGUCCUGAUAGCGGAUAGUAAUAAUCAGUGUGUUCAGAUCUUUUCAAAUGAUGGACUAUUUAAGAGUCGUUUUGGAGUGAGGGGCCGGUCACCAGGACAACUUCAACGGCCAACUGGUGUUGCUGUGCACCCAAAUGGUGACAUCAUCAUUGCUGACUAUGAUAACAAAUGGGUCAGCAUUUUCUCCUGUGAUGGCAAGUUUAAGGCUAAAAUUGGCUCAGGGAAGCUCAUGGGUCCUAAGGGUGUAGCGGUUGAUAGAAAUGGCCACAUCAUUGUGGUUGACAAUAAAUCCUGCUGCGUCUUCAUUUUUCAGCCCAAUGGAAAACUUGUAUCUAAGUUUGGAAACCGAGGCAACAGUGACAAGCAGUUUGCAGGUCCACACUUUGCCGCAGUGAAUCAAAACAAUGAAAUCAUUGUGACUGAUUUUCAUAAUCAUUCUGUAAAGGUGUUCAGUCCAGAGGGUGAGUUCCUACUGAAGUUUGGGUCAAAUGGUGAAGGAAACGGUCAGUUUAAUGCACCGACAGGUGUGGCAGUAGAUUCCAAUGGCAAUAUUAUAGUGGCUGACUGGGGCAACAGCCGCAUACAGGUGUUUGACAGCAGUGGAUCCUUCCUGUCCUACAUCAACACCUCCGCAGACCCUCUGUAUGGCCCACAAGGCUUGGCUCUGACUUCAGAUGGCCACAUUGUGGUGGCAGACUCUGGGAACCAUUGUUUUAAAGUCUACCGUUAUCUACAAUAGCACUCUCAUCUCAUCAAAUAAAUACUUGCACUUUUUCCUUCAAGCUGCCACCCCCUUGUGCCAAAUGGGACCCUCAUAUUGCAUUGAAGUUGUGUUGUUGUGGCUUCAUUUUUGACACCUUCACCUCAGACUGAAGAACAAACUCUAUACCCUGAUCAUGGUUUGGUUGUUGAUGUUUAAAGGAAUAGCACUUCCAAAAAUACAAACUCUGUCAUUUAGCCUCAGGUCGUCUCAAACCAAUAUGGAUUUCUUUCUUCUGUGGGAUUUGAAAGGGAAUUUUCUUGAAGAAUAUCCUGACCUUUCUUGUGUACGUAAGUAGUUUCUCGUAACCAUAAACACCAUAAUCAUCAAAAAAAGUUCCAAGACAUCAUAGACAUUGUGGGAUGAAAAGAUUCAAAUCUUUUAUAUAAAGAAAUCACCUUUUGUGCUUCAUGGAAGAAAGUCAGAAUGAUUUGGAACAACAUGAGUGUGAGUAAAUGAUGACAGAAAUGGAAUGCUCGGUUGAAAGUUAUGCAGUUCUUCACCUCGGACUCAAAAACUGCUACACAUUAGGGAAAACAUUCAUGUUUCUACUGUACAGUGUUAAAAAAAAAAUAUGAAUGUUCAGAUUAUUAAAAAGGGAACUCUUCGAAGCACUGGCAUGUAUAAUAAAAAUGCAAGUAAUGUUUAUUCCAAACUACUAUACUAUACAUAUAUGUCUGCACAACAAAUAGACACAAACCCAUUAAAACAAAUCUCACUAUGGUGGGCUAGUAUCAGUAAUAUUUUGCCCAAGUUAGCCUGUUUAAAAGUGAUGUCAGGAAUAUUCAUAAAAUAUGCAAAAACAUAUGUUCUGCAUUGCUAUUGAUUGUGAUGUGCAUAACUGUGGUUAGGACAAUGUUCUUAUAAUGCAAUUAAGUCUCUCGAAUCACCCAUAUUAUGUAAGAAGCAUCACUUGAUAUGCUUUUUAGACCGCAACAAAAUUUCCUUUAUUAUCACUGCACUGUUCAUAUAAAAAUCAGCUGUGGUUAUUUGUCUAAACCAUAAAAGUUCACGUGUUGUUUGGUGAAACAUCACAUGCUCAAAUCACCAGAUGCACUUUGUGAUUUAGCAACACAAAAAAUAUGUAAAGUGCUGUUAUUAAUAAUAGCCCCGUUUAAAGAUUUACUAUUAGACAUGCAUUAUUAUGAUUAUAAUUACUGAUCUUCAUGUGCUCUGAGAGUGGUUGUGUUGUUGAGAAACCAUGUUCUGUAUUCAUAUUCAUAAUGCUUAAAAAACAUAAAAAAAAAGCGAAAAAGUG